AUGGCCAAGGGUGCGGGCGAUGUCGACCGCUUGAAUCCAUUGUUGCAGUUGUUGAGCCCCACCGGUCCUAGCUCCAGCGAAGCCAUGGCGGCGGCGGAGGAGGAAACUAAUGGGGAGGAAGAUGAUGUCGCUGAAGCCGGCGCAGCCGAGGUCGAGACCCUCAAAGGCGCCCUCGCCCAGGCCAAGAAAGAGGUGGAGGCGAAUAAGGCAGCCGCUGACAAGGUGGCUGCUGAACUGAAGACCGAGCAAGCUGCCCACCGCCAACACGAAGCUCGGGUGGCCGAAGUGGAGCAGGAGCUGAAGGAUGCCAUCAGCAAGUGCGAAACUUUGGAGCAGAAGUCUUUAGACCAGUCAAUCGAGCUCGCCAAUGCUCUCAAUGAUGGCAAAGAGGCCCGGAUCGAGUCCCGGAGUGCUCGUGAAGAGAUCCACCAGUCGAAGAAGGAUUGGCCGGUGUUGCCGGCUGGUGUCAUGUUCAAUCCCACGGAUCAGGAGCUGAUCAAGCACCUUGAGGCCAAAGUGAGUGCUGACAGCGCGAGAUCUCACCCUCUCAUCGAUUUGUUCAUACCAACCAUCGACAGCGAGCACGGCAUAUGCUACACCCAUCCUGAGAAACUUCCAGGUAUCACACUGAGUGGCCUAAGCAAGCAUUUCUUCCAGCGCAAUUCCAGGGCGUUCAAAAGGGGCACGUGGGCGCAUCGCAAGAUACAGUCGGAGUGCGGCAUGCACGCGAUGUGGCACAACACCGGCAAUACCUUGCCGGUGAUGGUCAACGGCCGGCAGACGGGCAGCAAAAAGGUUUUGGUGCUGCACACCAACAAGAACUUUGACCAGCAGAGGACCAACUGGGUGAUGCACCAGUACCACCUCGGGGACCUGGAGCAAGAGAAGGAGAGGGAGCUGGUCCUCUGCAAGAUUUUCUAC